GCUGCUGGCCUUCUGGAUGUCCUUGUCCUACAGGACCUGGACUUUCUUCAGGCCCCGUGAGAGACCGGGCUUUCAGCGCUCUGCCUCGGCAGCCCGGCUGCUGAAGAGUGAGGCAUGAGGAGAGGAAAUGUCUGUGUGCAUGUGUGUGUGUGGCUGUAGUGAGUGCAUGUUUGUGUGUGGAGGUCUGUCAUUCGCAUAGUGACAGCAGAGGCCUCACAGACCUGCUGUCAAGUGGACCUGUCUGUUUGUGUGUCUCAUAUAUGUGUGUGAGUGCUUGAAGUGUGUGCUUCCUCUGCCUAGUCCUCCAUUUGCAAAAGUACUUUGUGUUGCUGCCCUACUAGUACUGGAGUGACAGGUGAAGGGCAAAACAAACAUGUUGUAGUUUUUUUUCUGCAAAACUGUUAAUGGAAACAAAACAUCAUCUGUGACUUUGAAGGAGCUUGGAGUGAAGGAAAACAACUCGAGGAAAAGAGUUGUCUUCUUUUUCUUGGAUCAUCCCUCUAAAAUCUGCAAAACAACCCUUACAGAGAUUAAGUUUUUAGUGCAGAAGGCCCUCCUCUCACUACCGACACUCUUCAGGCAGAUAUGGGUUAACACUGACCAGCCAUGGUGGUGACCCAUCUGGCUUUGGAGCUGCGUUUCCAGGGAAAUAAGCUGAGGGGCUUCACAUGCAGACUGACCCGCUCAGCCCAUGAAGUCCUGCCUGAGAGCUCAUGGACCAUUGCCUUCCAAGUCCUGCUUCCAUACUUGGUGUCUGGCCUGGGCAUGGUGGCAGCCGGGAUAGUCAUGGAUAUAGUGCAACACUGGGAGGUGUUCAAAGAAAUCUCAGAGGUGUUUAUCUUGGUGCCAGCCCUGGUGGGGCUGAAGGGGAAUCUGGAGAUGACGUUGGCAUCCAGACUAUCAACAGCAGCCAACACAGGGCAGAUGGAUGAGGCUCAGCAGCAGUGGAGGAUGGUGAUCUGUAAUCUGGCUCUCAUUCAGCUCCAGGCCACUGCCGUGGGCUUCCUGGCUGCCGUUGCAGCAGUGGGUCUUGGGGUUCUGACACGGGGGAGACUGAAUGUCAUCCAGGCUGCUGUCCUCUGUGCCAGCAGUGUCACCACUGCCUUUAUCACUGCCCUGUCUCUAGGUCUGGUGAUGGUGGCAGUUAUCAUUGGUUCUAGAAAAAUGGGCAUCAACCCAGAUAAUGUGGCCACGCCCAUCGCUGCCAGCCUCGGAGACCUCACCACUCUGUCUUUGCUCGCCGGGGUCAGCAGCCUCUUCUUCAGCUACAGAGACAUGUGGUACUUGCCUCCUGCAGUCUGUGUCUUCUUCCUGCUCCUUAUCCCAGUAUGGUUCACAAUUGCACGUCACUCUCUACCAAUCAGAGAGGUCCUCAAGUCAGGAUGGACACCUGUCAUUUUGGCCAUGUCAAUCAGCAGUAUCGGUGGUCUGAUUUUGGAUAAGACAGUGAGCAAUCCGGACUUUGAGGGCAUGGCGGUGUUGAGUCCAGUCAUAAAUGGUGUCGGGGGAAACCUUGUGGCCAUUCAAGCCAGCAGGAUGUCCACCUACCUGCACUUCUUGAGUGCUCCUGGAGUUUUACCAUCAAAAAUGGGUGGGAACUGCCCUGGACCCUGUGCUACCUUCUGCUCCCAAGAUGUGAACUCCAAAUCUGCCAGAGUGCUGGUCAUCCUUGUUGUCCCGGGUCACCUCCUCUUCCUGUACUUCAUUCAUCUUUUGCAGGGAGGCCAUGCUGCCAUGACUCCAACCUUCAUCAUCUGCUACCUGUCUGCAGCUCUGCUUCAGGUGGUGAUAUUGCUUUUCCUGGCCAGCUUGAUGGUGCGAUGGCUGUGGCGACGGGGACAGGAUCCAGACAACUUCUCCAUCCCCUACCUCACAGCUCUAGGAGACCUGUUGGGGACUGGCUUACUGGCUUUGAGCUUCAGGCUGAUUGUGAUGGUCAGCUCUGCAGAGACUGGAGUUUGACACAGACCUGGGGUCCUAUACUUACUGAAUGUACUGUUUAAUAUAUGCAAGCAGCUGAAACGUGCUGCAACGAUCACUGAGUAUGUAAGAUAUUUGUGCCACAUUACUGUUCGUCAGGUGGGACAGAAACAUGUCUGCAAGCACAUCAUUUUAUGGAGUCAUUAUGAUCUAUCUAAUAUGUAUUUAUGUGUUUGCUUUUCUCAGGUGUAUUUGUGUUUGUAUUUACACCUAAAACCUUAAUAUCCCAACCCUUUCCUCUCCUUUUUCAUUACUAGGCUAACACUCAACAACAAUUUCAGCCAUCAAUCAACACAAUAGAAAUUAGAUUUAAUCAGUGAGUGUUCACUUUAUUACUUUUACAACUCUUUGCCAGUUAUGGACGAAUGUCAUACAACAUUUUUUUCCACGUAAAUGUAGGAACAUACCAGUAGAGUGAAUACUGAUACAUCAAAAGAAAUAAAGAUGUCAAGUUAAAGCAUGAAAGAGAAAAGACAAUAUCCAGCAAAAUCUGAACUUAGAUUGUCUUAAAUGAGUGACGUUUUAAGUUUUUAUUUUUACAUAGAAAAAAUAUAAAUGAUCAGCAUGCCUUAGCCGUAAAGGUGGAGGUUUCCCAUCUGGCCUUCAUAGUAUGCAACGACAGAGAGGUCAAUUAGAGAUGAAGGACUGGGGAUAUGAUUUUGAGCACACACAGGUACAGUAGCAAACACAUAUAUACAUUAAUUGAGCACAGAAUAGACUUGUUUGCUGAGAAUAAUUUUAACAAGAAAUAGCUUGUGUGCUUGAAAGCUCUUUUCUCUCCAUGUGUAGUCCCCCUCUGUUCUCAGGACUGUGGCACAAAUGUAACAGUGAAGAUAAGAAAAACAGCUGGCUCAGAUAAAAGUAAUGAGGCAAGGAGAGUCUAACUUAUGUAUGGAAAGUGACUUAUUUUGCACUUUAGUCUCUAUAUUUGCCAGCUUGCUGUUGUCAAUAUUUGUACAAUGUUCCCUGCAGUUUCACCCAGCUUGGCCCUGUAUAAAAACAGGCACCCAUCAAAAAUGUACAUGUGGUGAUGCUGUAAAACCACUGUAAUGUUAACUGUUGACACAUCUGUACACCUAUUGUCAGCUCUUGAUGUUAGAUGGCAAAUGAUUGUAUUCAGGCAAUAAUAAUAAUAAUAAUAAUAAUAAUAAUAAUAAAGUAGGGGUUUAGAGUACAUGUUCGUAAAUAUUAAUCCAAUGCUGCAGAUUGCAAAUGAAUGUUAGAUUCUAUCCUGUUGAUUUGUGCCUUUAAUUGUGAUACUUCUUCAGUUCUCUGAUGUGUUGGAGGUUGCAGAAUUUUUACAAAGUAUUUAAAGUUUUUUUGUGCAGCACAGUAUCACAGAAUAUAAACUGUUGUAAUGACUGUCUGUGUUAGUUGAUGGUCCAGGAUUUGACAUAAAGAUGUUUCUUUGUGCUAUUUUUGUGAACUUAUAAUAUUAUAGAUCUCUCAGUUGUUUGAUAUGCACUUUUAGAUAGAUAUUUGUCUUUAUUAAUCUGAAAAUAGCAUCCAAAGAUGGAAAAAAUCCUAUUUAGCAAGGACAAAAAGCUUGAGUGGACUUUGUAGUGCUCUCACAUUUGUAAAAAUUCUAGAUGACAUAUUUGCAGCCAUAAUUAUUCACU